CUCUCGACCUUCCACCAAUUUCUAAUCUCUUUUAUACCCCCAAAAUUUCGCAUUUCUCUCCACUACCCACUUCCUAUUUCUCUAAGAUUCCUUCUCCAAUCCAUUCAAUUUGAGGCAUUUCUGGGCUCUGAGGGGAGAAAAGGAUGAGACUUGGGAUAUGGGUUUUUUCUAUUUUGCUCUUUUCUGCUCUUAUUGCAGAGAUUGAGGCCCAGGAGAUCGAGAGGAGGCAUCGGACUGAGAGAAUCUCAGGGAGUGCUGGUGAUGUUCUUGAAGAUGAUCCAGUUGGAAGGUUGAAAGUAUUUGUUUAUGAGUUGCCUAGCAAAUACAACAAGAAGAUUCUUCAGAAGGACCAAAGAUGCCUCAACCAUAUGUUUGCUGCUGAGAUUUUCAUGCACCGUUUCUUGUUAUCAAGCCCUGUACGGACCCUCAACCCUGAAGAGGCUGAUUGGUUCUACACACCAGUCUACACUACUUGUGACCUAACUCCAAAUGGACUCCCUUUACCUUUCAAAUCACCAAGAAUGAUGAGAAGUGCCAUACAAUUGAUCUCCUCUAAUUGGCCUUAUUGGAAUAGAACUGAAGGGGCUGACCACUUUUUUGUUGUUCCUCAUGAUUUUGGGGCAUGCUUCCAUUAUCAGGAAGAAAAAGCAAUUGAACGGGGGAUUCUUCACUUGCUUUCACGUGCUACGCUGGUUCAAACAUUUGGGCAAAGAAAUCAUGUUUGCUUGAAGGAUGGUUCCAUAACUAUUCCUCCAUAUGCUCCUCCACAGAAGAUGCAGGCCCACUUGAUUCCACCUGACACGCCUCGAUCCAUUUUUGUAUACUUCAGGGGUUUGUUUUAUGAUGUUGGAAAUGAUCCUGAGGGCGGUUAUUAUGCAAGAGGUGCUCGGGCGUCUGUAUGGGAAAACUUCAAGGACAACCCUCUCUUUGACAUCUCCACCGAGCAUCCGACCACAUACUACGAAGACAUGCAACGGGCAAUCUUCUGUCUGUGUCCAUUGGGGUGGGCCCCAUGGAGCCCACGUUUAGUGGAAGCAGUGGUCUUCGGCUGCAUCCCUGUAAUCAUAGCCGAUGACAUUGUGCUCCCUUUUGCCGAUGCAAUCCCUUGGGAGGAUAUUGGUGUUUUUGUAGCUGAAAAGGAUGUCCCUAACUUGGAUACGAUCUUGACUUCGAUAUCCCCAGAUGUUAUACUAAGGAAACAGAGGUUGCUGGCAAAUCCUUCAAUGAAGCAAGCUAUGUUGUUUCCUCAGCCAGCUCAAUCGGGAGAUGCGUUUCAUCAGGUUUUGAAUGGGCUUGCUCGAAAACUUCCUCAUGAUGAAAGCUUAUAUUUGAAGCCAGGGGAGAAGUUACUGAAUUGGACUGCGGGCCCGGUUGGUGAUCUUAAACCUUGGUAGUUGAAUGAAUUUGAGUGUGUUAUAGAUGCAUGAAUGAUGUUAAGUUUAAAGGUGCAAUUUGGAUGUUUAGUUACUGAAUUUUUUGUAGCAGUAGAAACUUGAUGUAUGUUUAGACUUUGUCAUGUGAUGGGAUUAUAUACAUUGCAAUUAAUGGUUAGAUUUCAAUAUUUGCGUU